UCUCCUCUCUCUCUCACGCACAGGCAAACCAGAACUAAACUCAGAUGCCUUUUUCUCUCAGGAUCAUGGAGGUGAUUGGGAAAAUAGUAGUGGCUCUCAUAAUGGUGGGGGUGGCGAUUUCAGAGAGGGGGGAGAGCAGGAACGUGAGGGACGUGACGACGUCGUUUGAGUACGCAGCGAUCAAUUGCAGAGCGCACAGUGCAUCGUUGAGCGAGUACGGAGGGGUGGGAGACGGGAAGACGUCGAACACGAAGGCGUUUCAGAGUGCGAUAAGCGCACUGAGCAAGUACUCAUCGGAAGGAGGGGCUCAGCUGUACGUUCCGCCGGGGAAAUGGCUCACCGGAAGCUUCAGCCUCAUCAGUCACUUCACGCUUUAUCUUCACAAAGAAGCUGUUCUUCUUGCUUCUCAGGACAUAAACGAAUGGCCGGCGUUAAAGCCGCUGCCAUCGUACGGACGUGGAAGAGAUGCGGCGGCCGGAAGGUUCAGCAGCCUCAUCUUCGGCACCAACCUCACCGACGUCAUUAUCACUGGGGACAAUGGGACCAUAGACGGUCAGGGUGCAUUCUGGUGGCAGCAAUUCCACAAGAGCAAGCUCAAAUACACCCGCCCUUACCUCAUCGAGCUCAUGUUCUCCGACAACAUCCAAAUCUCCAACCUCACCCUCCUCAACUCUCCCUCUUGGAAUGUUCAUCCUGUUUAUAGCAGCAACAUUCUUGUCAAAGGAAUCACCAUUCUUGCUCCUGUCACUUCUCCCAACACUGACGGCAUCAACCCAGAUUCUUGCACAAACACCAGAAUUGAAGACUGUUACAUAGUUUCUGGAGAUGACUGUGUGGCCGUCAAGAGUGGCUGGGAUGAAUAUGGCAUACAGUUCGGAAGGCCCACAAAGCAACUCAUUAUCAGAAGGCUCACCUGCAUCUCCCCUUACAGUGCCACCAUUGCUCUCGGAAGCGAAAUGUCCGGCGGCAUUGAAGACGUCCGGGCAGAAGACAUCACUGCCAUCCACACAGAAUCUGGAGUCAGGAUCAAAACUGCCGUGGGAAGAGGAGGGUUCGUGAGGGACAUAUACGUCAGGAAGUUCACAAUGCACACCAUGAAGUGGGCCUUCUGGAUGACUGGCAAUUAUGGUUCUCAUGCUGAUAAGAACUACGACCCCCAUGCACUGCCUGAGAUUAAGAACAUCAACUACAGAGAUGUGGUGGCUGACAAUGUCAGCAUGGCUGCUAGGUUAGAGGGGAUUGCCAAUGACCCUUUUACUGGAAUUUGCAUUGCCAAUGUCACAAUUGGGAUGGCGGUUAAGGCCAAGAAGCAGCAUUGGACGUGCACUGAUAUCGCAGGCAUGACGAGUGGUGUGACGCCGCCGCCGUGUGAUUUGUUGCGAGAUCAGGGCCCGGAGAAGAUCACGGCGUGUGAUUUUCCAAAGGACAGUCCGCCCAUUGAUGAGCUGGAGUUCAAGAAGUGUACCUAUAGAUUGAAAGUUGCAUGAUCGGUGUGUUCAAUUGGACUAUUUACAUUAGUACGCGUAGGUUAUGUUUGUAAGGUUAGUCUUUCAGAUUAACCAAAACGAUAUUGCUCAAGCUAAGCAACGAGUUAUCUUAAAUUGGUGGUUUUGAAA